AUGGGGAACAGAACCGAGGAAGAUUAUAACUUUGUCUUCAAGGUGGUGCUGAUCGGUGAGUCAGGCGUGGGGAAGACCAAUCUGCUGUCCCGAUUCACACGGAAUGAGUUCAGCCACGACAGCCGCACCACCAUCGGGGUUGAGUUCUCCACCCGCACGGUCAUGCUGGGCACCGCUGCCAUUAAGGCUCAGAUCUGGGACACGGCCGGCCUGGAGCGGUACCGGGCCAUCACCUCCGCGUACUAUCGAGGUGCGGUGGGGGCCCUACUGGUGUUUGACCUGACCAAGCACCAGACCUAUGCCGUGGUGGAGCGCUGGCUGAAGGAGCUCUAUGACCACGCCGAGGCCACCAUCGUCGUCAUGCUCGUGGGCAACAAGAGUGACCUCAGCCAGGCCCGGGAGGUGCCCACUGAAGAGGUUUGCUGUAUUGUCUCAAAGAAGUUAGACUCCAAGAAGGACUUCCCACCACUGGGGUAUAGGGGAGAUGCUGUCCUUGAAGGCCUGGGAGAACAGGGCUCCCAGGGAUCCAGUCCCGGGAUCCGGACGCUUGCACCCGGGCCGCCCGGUGCCCUUGUUGCCAGUAUCCUAGGGCGCUUCCGUGCCCUCCGGGCGGACAGCUCUCUGUGA